GAUCCUAUCUGAUGCCAGGGAGCUGUCCACGUUCCCGAAUCUAAACGGGACCAGCGCUUUGGAAGUAUUGAGAUUAGACAGAGCUGGAAUUACGUCGGUGCCUGCGACGUUGUGUGCGACUUGUCCUAGAUUGAAGAGCCUAGAUUUGAAAUCGAACAAGCUGAGGGCGGUGCCGGUUCUCAAUAACUGCAAGGACAUGCGUGUACUUGACCUUGCUAGCAAUCACAUCAAAUCCAUCGAGGAUAAGCCGUUUCGUGGUAUGACGCAGAUGCACGAUCUUUUGCUGGCACACAAUCAGAUUCAGUACAUUCCUCAAGAUGCAUUUUUCAACCUAUCCAAACUUCAAGUUUUGGAUUUGGAAGACAAUGAAAUAUCAUUCAUUCAUCCUGAUUCCUUCAUGUUCAUAUCCAACAUUGAAGACCUCAACCUAGGUAACAACGUAUUUCCACACCUCCCUUCAGCAGGUUUGGAACGUCUUCUUCACCUGAAAACAUUCAACAACCCCAAUCUCAGAGAGUUUCCACCGCCAACGGAUUUUCCUAGAAUCCGGACACUAGUUUUAGCUUAUGCUUACCAUUGUUGUGCCUUCCUGCCCCUGGUGCCGUCUAACCCACCUCCCGCUAAAGCCAAAGACAUCAUUUUAUUUCCAGAUAUCGAGGAUAUUGAUAUGAACUUCUGGAAUAGCCCUGUAGAUGUCUGGCCUGCGCAGCAAAAUAUAAGUCAGAAAUUUGGCAAGAAAUUUGGGGAAAUCUGGGAAAACAUCCGUUCUGAUUUCACCUAUCCAGGCAACUUUUCAUCAUAUAUAGAAGAAUACGCCGCUGAAGAGGAUACAACAUUUCGAAUGCCUGGAGAUGGUGCUCCCGAGAAAAUACAAUGUCUGCCUUUGCCAGGACCGUUUCUACCCUGUCAGGACUUGUUCGAUUGGUGGACAUUGCGAUGCGGGGUAUGGAUAGUGUUUUUGUGCGCCAUGCUGGGAAAUGGGACAGUCGUGUUUGUUCUGAUCUUUUCCCGUAGUAAAAUGGACGUACCAAGGUUCCUAGUGUGCAAUUUGGCCGCUGCGGAUUUUUUCAUGGGUAUUUAUUUGGGGUUUUUAGCUGUAGUAGAUGCAUCCACCUUAGGAGAAUUUCGCAUGUAUGCCAUACCUUGGCAAAUGUCAGCAGGCUGUCAACUAUCAGGCUUCCUAGGUGUUCUCAGCUCCGAACUGUCAGUAUGGACCUUAGCCGUGAUAACCCUAGAAAGGAACUACGCCAUCACCCACGCCAUGCACCUCAAUAAGCGACUCUCACUCAAACACGCAGGCUACAUCAUGAUCUGUGGGUGGAGCUUUGCCAUCAUGAUGGCCGUUAUGCCCAUCUUCAACAUCUCCGAUUAUAGGAAGUUCGCGGUGUGUCUCCCGUUUGAAACCAACGACGCUCCUAGCCUCACCUACGUCGUCUUCCUGAUGUUCAUCAACGGAGUAGCCUUCCUCAUCCUCAUGGGUUGCUACCUGAAAAUGUACUGCGCGAUCAGAGGCUCCCAGGCAUGGAACUCUAACGACUCGCGCAUAGCCAAGCGCAUGGCUCUAUUGGUGUUUACAGACUUCUUAUGCUGGUCCCCCAUAGCGUUUUUCUCCCUUACAGCAGCUUUUGGACUGCAGCUCAUCUCGCUAGAGCAAGCCAAAGUAUUCACCGUGUUCGUUCUUCCAUUAAACUCUUGUUGCAACCCUUUUCUCUACGCCAUCCUCACCAAACAAUUUAAAAAAGACUGCGUUAUGAUCUGUAAGGCUAUAGAGGAGAGCAGAGUUACUAGGGGCAUCGGUAGGUGCAGACACAGUUCUAAUUUCAGCAACAGGCAGACCCCGGCCAACACCAACUCUCUCGCUGAUAGAUCUUCCAGGGAGAAGCAAGAGCACCACGUUCCGCAGUGCACGUGCAACGCCAAGCUGCUGGGUGACAGUCAGCCGCAGUCGAAGACCAAGACAGACAGAAAGACCACCACUAGGGAAUGGUUGCUCAGCAAAGCCAGGUGGCUGCUCUGUGUCAGGAGACCUGCGAGACAUCGACCAAGAAAUGACCAGUAUACGUAUCAGAUAGCAGAGAUUCAACAGAAACAGCACAAGAGGGCGUCUUCAGUGUCUUCUAGUGAGAAUUUCAGUUCGUCUAGGUCGGAUUCCUGGCGCCACAACCAUCAUUGUGGAAUUCCUCUGCGACUGUUGGAUCCUAAGCGGAGGGCCUCAUCCUGGUUGGUUACGAGGAAGACUUCGCAGGAUUCGAACCUGUCUAGCUCCAGAAAUGAUUCCUCUGGAUCUGCAACGACAGCCAGUACGAGCACCUGGCGUAUGUCAAGGUCGAGUGCUUCUAGCGAACCUGCAAGAGUCAGGUCGAAACCACGUCUGACGCGACAGUGUGCCAUUCAAGACGAAAUAGAACCUCCAGGUUCUCCGGGAAGACUGACAGUUAGAUUCCUCACAACCAUUCCUUCAGCUGCCGAGAACAGCAUGCAGCUCGAAGAUGACCAACCAUCCGUCAUAAUUAGCCCUUGCGCUAGCCCUUCCAUCUUAGUCAGUCCUGCGAAGGAACGAGAAGGCCCUUUGUACGCCAUCUUGCACUCCACUCCAGUGACUCCAAUCAGAAGGCAAUCCAUAGUAACGCUGCAUCCGAUCGAAAGUGUUAGCGAUAGUGUUAGAGACAGUAUCGAGGACAGUAUUAGGGAUAGUGUGGAGGAAAAUGUAAAAGACAGUACUGAGGAUGGGACUAGGGAGAGUACUAGGGACAAUACUAGGGGCAGUGGUGGGAAAAGUAAUGAAAAUGACAAAAAUACUUUAGGUAAUCCUAGUCAGGCCGUGAAUGGGGUGGAAGCUGUAGCUUCUAGAUAAUAGUUUUUGCGGAAAGAUAACUUCACCAAACGUUUUUGGAGAAACAUCCCAGGAUCUGAAACUUUUCUCUGAUUGCAUAGAAUUAUUUUUAUGUUAGAAAUGGAAUAUUUAGCCGUAUAUAUGAAUUCUUUGGUAUUGAAUGACUUAAGUUACUCUCAGAAUGAAAAUUCUAAAAAGGUAUCUAGAGAUCUGAAAUGUUUCAACUUUGAUAAUGCUGAAAAAUACUAAUUAUAAGAGCGUUCUCUUGAUGUUUUUUCCUCUUCCACAUCAUUCCAAAUGUUUCUAGUCUCAUUAUUGUGGCGCCAUCUUCCAUUCAUUAAUCAAACAGUUGGAAGAUUGAAUGAGUUACUAGUCAUUGAUUUGAGGAAUGGAAUUUCUGGAAGUUUGUUUGCAUCUGACUUCCAUCAGAACUAUGAGGUGAAGAGAAGUUUUCGAAAAAAAAUCGUUUUAGAUUCCAAUACAUUCGUCCUUCUAGAAUUAUUCAUCACUACUGAAUGAUAGAAAGGCGUAUCAAAGUUGUGUUCAUUUAUUUCUUUGGUGAAAUGUCAUAUAUUUUUUUUCGACGAGAACUGAAAAGGUGAAAUUAUGAGUACAUAUAUUCUAACUGAUUCAGGAGUUACAAUGAAUAUAAUAUCAAAAAAAGGACCUGAAAAUGUUCUUUGGGAGAGACCGGUUUGGGUUUUCUACUACUCCACCUCCAUGCAAAAAUGUGGGAAACUUCCUAAGGGCGGAAAAAAGCAAUUAAUUUAAAAAUAAAGUCUUCAGAAAGAUGUUUGAUUAGAUCAUGCUUGAAAGUAACUUUCAAAAACAAAGUGGAAGAAAAUGCUUUCUCGAAACAACUCCUUCCAUGUAAACAUCGCAUUACACGAAAUGAAAAACUUCAAAAACAACUAAUCUUCAAUGAAUAAUGAAUUAUACAAAAACACUUUUUUCUAUUCAGUUUGUGUUCCAAACAUUUGUUAUGGAAUGAAAUCAGACAUUAUUUACAUAUGCGAAUGAAUGUCAUUGUGUACUGACAUCGUGCAUGAGUAGAUUCAAAUCAUUCGUAACAUAAAGUUAUAGUGUUAUGAUUGAAUUGAGUGCUUUAUCUUGUAAUGUUAUCCAGAUUAGUGCUGAAAAAGCAAUAAGACAAGUGUCUUAUUCCGAAACAUCGAUGUUCA